CCAGAGGCGGUGCGGGCGCGCGGUUAGCAGGGGCCGGGCCGAGGCGAGCGCCGCGCGGGCCACCAUGGCCACGGACGAGCUGGCCAGCAAGCUGAGCCGCCGGCUGCAGAUGGAGGGCGAGGGCGGCGGCGAGGCCCCGGAGCAGCCCGGGCUGAACGGGGCGGCGGCGGCGGCAGGGGCGCCCGACGAGGCGGCCGAGGCGCUGGGCAGCGCGGACGACGAGCUGAGCGCCAAGCUGCUGCGGCGCGCCGACCUCAACCAGGGCAUCGGCGAGCCCCAGUCGCCCAGCCGCCGCGUCUUCAACCCCUACACCGAGUUCAAGGAGUUCUCCAGGAAGCAGAUCAAGGACAUGGAGAAGAUGUUCAAGCAGUAUGAUGCCGGCCGGGAUGGCUUCAUUGACCUGAUGGAGCUCAAGCUCAUGAUGGAGAAACUGGGAGCUCCUCAGACCCACCUGGGCCUGAAAAACAUGAUCAAGGAGGUGGACGAGGACUUUGACAGCAAGCUCAGCUUCCGGGAGUUCCUCCUGAUUUUCCGCAAGGCAGCAGCCGGGGAGCUGCAGGAGGACAGCGGGCUGCAUGUGCUGGCCCGCCUCUCCGAGAUCGAUGUGUCCACCGAGGGUGUCAAGGGAGCGAAGAGCUUCUUCGAGGCCAAGGUCCAGGCCAUCAACGUGUCCAGCCGCUUCGAGGAGGAGAUCAAGGCAGAGCAGGAGGAGAGGAAGAAGCAGGCGGAGGAGAUGAAGCAGCGGAAAGCGGCCUUCAAGGAGCUGCAGUCCACCUUCAAGUAGCAAGGGAUGCGCCCCACCGUCUGGCCCUGGCCCCAGCACCCGGUCCCCGGUCCGGCUGGCAAGGGUGGGCAGACCGGAGACCAAGCCUGAUCCUUGGCUUGGUCUGAAGGGACCAGGCUAAUAAAGCCACACAUAUCUGUGAACGAGCCAGUGGAGGGGUCUCCCCAGCCGCCUGGCCUCUCCCGCUCCCUUCCGCUGUUCCCGAGGCCGUGACACCAGCCGCCUCCGUGCCUGGCCCAGCCCUCCCUGGCCCUUCCUGCACCUCUGGCAUCCCGGCUGCCUGCCGCCUGCUCCAGCUGCUCCUGCUCCGAGCCCAGCGCCCGGCUCCAGAGCGCCCCCUGCCGGUGCACCACCCUCCACUCUCUCGCCUGUCCUCCCGUCCUCCUCCCUGACCCUCAGAAGCCCUUCACCCCCAGGCUGCGCUGCCCUGGGGGCCCCCGGAGCCCCUCCCUAGACUGGGGGAGCAGCAGAUGGCAAGAAUCAUGGCCAGCUCCCUAGAGCUGGUCAGUGGCACCAGGGCUGCCCAUUCCUCCGGCCCUGCCUCCUCUCUCCGCUGGUAUAAGGGGGGUUGCUUCUGUCUUAGAGAAGGGACCCAGGGCCCUGGCACCCCACGCUGAUAUGGAGACCCCAGCUCUCGGGAGCCCAGCCAGGCCGGGUGAGCAGGCAGCUGUGCCAAACUACCUCACGGGCCCACACUCUGCCUGCCACGCCAUGGAUCAUGGGCAGGAAAGGCUCUGGGGGCAGAAACGCCACUCCCUGGUCACCCCCCACACACCUCCCCCUCACCCAGAACAGCCUGAGGGUCCCUGGGGCUCUGGAGAGAGCAGAAUCGGGGAGGAGGGACUGGACCCUCAUAGGAAAGGAAACCAGCACAUCUCCGUUAUCCUGGAGGCGUGCAAAAAGUGCUUUAAGUGGUUGGCAUGGGACUAGGGGGUGGAGAGCAGGGCCCCCCACCCCUCAGCUCUCUCACACCCUCCUUCCCCAAGUGAUGUUUGCCGCCUUGUCACCAGCGAUGGGACCCGUCCUGUCACACCCUCCCCUGAGAAAGCAUGGGGACCCCAGGCCUCCCUGUGCCCAUCCACAGACGGGCUGUGGCCCAGCCUAUGCCACCGGCCCGGCCCCACGCAGCUCCCGAUGUGCUCGCUCACGCGUGUGCGUGUCGGUGUGUGUGCGCGUCUGUGUCCGUUGCUGUGUCGUAAAGCUGUGCCGGUCCCCCCGUCCCAACAAGCGAAUGGCCGCCAAGGCCGCAGUUAUGCAACUUUCAGUGUGUGUUGUGACAGCGUCACUGCUUUUUAAACUCGAUAACUCUUUAUUUUAGUAAAAUGCUCCCAAGAGUCCACAAAACUCCUGCUGGACUUGCAGAGGUUUUAUUUUUUUGGCCUUAGAAUCUGCAGGAAUUAGAGGUACUGACCCCAGUGCGGCAGCCUUGGCCCUGGAUUGCGUUUGCCUUAGCGAAUAUGUUUAUACAGAUGAAUAUAAAAAGUUCUUUUUCUUUGG